AUGGCGACAGCAAGGCCAGAGGACGACUUCAACUUCGCGCUGUACGGCGCAAAAGCGUUCGGGUACGCGACAGCCAUCGUCACGGCGGGCGCAGCGGUGUCGGUGUGGGGAGUGAAGACGUUUAUGGGUGUCAAAGAUACCCAAGAAUUCGCAGAACGCAUGCGCACGCUCGUGCGCACCAAGAUGCCUGUGCUGUCCUCGCGUAUACACCGCCCACUAGCGGAGGAAGACCACACGGCGACGAUAUGGAACGAUCCGGUAUGCGUGGAUGUGCCGUAUACCGUCGUCAACGAAGCGAGUGAACAGACAGAAUGGGCAUGGCCUGAUGCGGAGAAGCGGCUUGAAGUGGCAUACGAGCGAGAUGGGUUCUCGGGAUGGGCGCAGGCGGUACUGGAAGAGCUAGAGGCAGAGGGUAGAGCAGAGAGGCGGAAACGCGGGCAUGAGUAG